GGCUUAACGUACCCCCACGGACUGUUUUCUCCACCGGACACAGACUCGCUGCCAGAAAAUGGCGGUUACUCUUCACACCGACCUGGGAGACAUAAAGAUAGAACUGUUUUGUGAACGCACGCCGAAGACGUCUGAGAACUUCCUCGCGUUGUGCGCCAGCGGGUUUUACAAUGGUUGCGUCUUCCACCGGAACAUCAAGGGCUUCAUGGUUCAGACAGGAGAUCCUUCAGGGACGGGUAAAGGAGGCACGAGCAUAUGGGGGCGCAAGUAUGAAGAUGAAUUUAGUGAACACUUAAAACAUAAUGUAAGAGGGGUCGUCUCUAUGGCGAACAACGGCCCCAACACAAAUGGUUCCCAGUUUUUCUUCACAUAUGCCAAGCAGCCUCAUCUGGACAUGAAGUACACUGUGUUUGGAAAGAUUAUAGAUGGCUUGGAAACCCUGGAUGAGCUGGAGAAGCUGCCUGUUAAUGAGAAGACAUUCCGACCUUUGACUGAAACUCGGAUAAAGGAUGUGACACUUCAUGCUAACCCUUUUGCUGGAUAGGCAGCAUGUCGUUCACCUGUGUUGUUGUUCCUGUAACUCAUCGUCAUGGACUAAGACAUUCACAAGUCGCCAGGGCAUUUUACUUGGAAGAGGAAAGUCCAGCUUAACCUGGCAAAGCCUCGGUAGAGAACGUAUAAUAGAAUGCUUUUUUAAAAAGGGGGGUUAUUAUUUUUAUUUGUCCUUGUUUGUAAGCAGUUUAACCCACAGCAAGAGAUGACAUUUCCUUUUAUUUUUGUGAGGGAAACUUUUUUUAACUUGUUUAUUUACCUUAAUAGGCUUUGCAAAUAAAUUGGCAUUGCU